CGUGAGAAUUUCCCGUCUUCUUCUUCUUCUUCCUAAUUUCCGCUCCACCACCUUCACCUCCUCCUUCUUCUCCUUUCCCUUUCCAUCCGAUCCCUUCUCUCGCCCUCUUGCUGUACGUCUGGAUCCACGCAAGGGAAGGGAGCUUCCGAUCCGAGCUCCUCACCCUUCGCCGGCGGCGAGAUGGCGGCCCGGACCCGCCUGAUGAGACGCGCGACUGCGCGCAACGUACGCGAGGCGGUGAGGUGGAUGUCGUCGUCGGAGAUUUCCGAUUCGGACAUGAGGUGUCGCCCGAGCGUUUCCCACAAGGGAUCCUCGUCUUCGUCGAGCGAUCCCGGGUUGCGGAGCGUGCAGUGGGUCUUCCUAGGGUGCCCGGGCGUCGGGAAGGGGACCUAUGCCAGUCGCCUCUCUCGGCUCGUCAGCGUGCCUCACAUCGCCACAGGGGAUCUCGUCAGGGACGAGCUCGCCUCCUCUGGACCUCUCUCUAAACAGCUUGCGGAAAUUGUGAAUCAAGGGCAUUUAGUGUCUGAUGAGAUUAUCAUCAAUCUCUUAUCCAAGCGUCUAGAAGAUGGAGUAAAUAAAGGUGAAUCAGGAUUUAUUCUUGAUGGUUUUCCUCGAACAACACGACAAGCAGAAAUUCUAGGGGGAGUAACAGAAAUUGACCUGGUUGUCAACCUGAGACUCAGAGAAGAUAUACUGCUCACAAAGUGUCUCGGGAGAAGAAUUUGCAGCCAAUGUGGGGGUAACUUUAAUGUUGCCUCCAUUGAUAUCAAGGGAGAAAAUGGGAGACCAGAUAUAAUUAUGGCUCCAAUUUUGCCUCCCGAACAUUGUAUGUCAAAGCUCAUUACUCGAGCAGAUGACACUAGAGAGGUGGUGAAAGAACGGUUGCGCGUAUACCAUGAAAUGAGCGAGCCCGUAGAAGAGUUCUAUCGCAAGCGCGGGAAGCUCUUGGAGUUCGAGCUGCCUGGAGGAAUCUCUGAAUCUUGGCCGAAGCUAUUGCAAGCUCUGAAACUCGACAACCUCAGCGAGGAGCAAUCAGCUGCAGCAUGACUGCAGAACCAGAUUCUUUUCAGGUGCAUUACACCAAGCAUAUAUACUAAUAAGUCACAAUUUUUUUCGAGUUAUUUUUACAAAUUCAUCACCCCCGAACUUGGUCUCGAACAACCUCGUGAAACUUAAUAUUUCGCAAUCACUACAAUGCUGAUUGCUUCCAUGUUGUAGAAGAAGAAUAUUGGAGACUGUUCAAUGCAUACUGGUUUAUACAAAGUACAAACAGCUCUCAGUUUCUUGGUUGA